UCCUUUCUCUUCCUUUGAAAUAGCAACUUAAGAACCGACAGUCAAUCUCUCUCUCUCUCUCGUACACUUUCUCUCUAUCCAUGUCCCCCUUCUCUCUCUCUCUCAUACACACACCGACACACAGACAAUACACGCCAUACCACCUCACCAUACCAUAACCACGCUGACGGAAAGAAGAGGAAACAUUGGAAUCUAUUACACGAUAACCGAGGAAAAUAUUCCUCUGAAUAUUUCACAAAAUAUUCAUAUCUAUCAUUUUCAAUCAAAUCCUCAAACGGUUUUCUGAACCAAUUAAUAAGUGAGGACCAUCCAGAAGAUAAUAAGCAAGAAAACGAGAGGGCACCGACCGUCUACCACAUCGCCAUUACCAACAUCACCACAUUAUUAUUAUUGUUUAUUAUUGUUAUUAGUCUUAUUAUUACUGCUAUCAUCUCUGCUUUUCUUUCAGUCUUCUCCCCCCCCCCCUCAUACUUGCUUGAGAAGUAUUCGUCGCCUGCAACCCUCUCAGCUAAGCUUUUCACUUCAUUCCAUCCCCCAUUACUCUCUCUCUAUGUCUUUUAGAUUCUUUCUCUCACUCACUCACAUUCAUCCGUAGGAGAGAAACAACAGUGCUACUUUAGUUUUAAAAGCGGCGAGAGGGAGACGAGACAAGCGAGACGAAGGCAGAAGCCACUAGAAAGGAUAAUAUAUAUCAUCAACUAUUUCCUUCCUUUCGCACCAUUUUUGACUUUGAUAUAUUGUCGUCCUGCUACUUCUCUGUCUCUAUUAUCUCACUCUCUCGUUGAUCCCUCACUUUAUGAACAUCUCUCUCUAUUCUCUAUCUAUAUUAUAUCUAUCACACUCUCUCUCACACCUCUCUAGUUUAGUUUAGUGAGUUUUAUGUUUUAAUGUGUGUGUGUGAGUGUUUCUAUGUAUUUUAACGGCCGUCAUUAGUAAUUAUUGCUUUCUACUAACUUGUACUUUGCACCCUGUUUCAUCAGGCAGGAGAGAAGAAGAAAACAGAAAAAAAUAACACACACAUAUAAAGAAAGUGAAAUAACCACAGAAAUUCUACAGAUUAUUAAGAUUUCAACAAGAAGAGGAACGAUCGUAUGUAAAAAGCCAUCCAGUCACAACAACAACAGCAACAAACCAACCCCAAAACGGAACAUUAUUUGUUGGCGCUUUUCUUGUGUCUACCUUAGAGACGACAUUCAGACGAACAGACGACGACCACGCAGGAAGAAAACACCACACACACACACACACACUCUUCAUUUUAUAUAAUAUUACAAUAUAUGUAUAUAUAUUCACAUGUAUAUAUCUAAUCAUUAUACAUAACAGAACACAAUCUGAUAUAUAUUUAUAUAUAUAUAACACUAGUCUGUAUAUAUAUAUAUAUAUAUAUAUAUUUAUAAUACAGAAGGAUAUUACAGCAGAGGAUUAUUUAAAAAAGAAGAAAUAUUUUAAAAACCACCCGAAAACCGAACUGAAAAUUGGAUAAAAACCAUUUGAUGAUUAUUUAAUUCUAAUAAUCAAUCAAAACGAAAAGUGAAAAAACGGAAAAUAUACAGGAGGAAAGAAAAAAGAGAAAAGACCUUCUUCACCAGACACCAUUAAAGUGGAUUUGUGUGUUUUGUAUUUAUCAUACUUGUUUUAUUUAAAUUGUUUUUCAUCCACACCAGACUGUAAAACCACUAAAAUAAUCCUCUGAUAUAUAAUAUAUAUUUAUUUUCCAUCUGGUUUCCACAAUUGGAUCUAUUUCUUUAUAUAUAUUUAGCACUGUAUAUUGUAUUAUUUCCUCUAACCACAUAUAUCUGUAUCUAGGUAUCCAUCAAUUUAAUUAAUCAUUAUAUAUAUAUAUAUGUAUAUAUUUUGAUUGAAAACACCAAAGGAGUAUUUAAAUGUUUUAUUUCAACUCUAUUUUCUCGUCUAUUGUUUGCUGAGAAGUUAAAAAUUUGAGGAAGUUAUCGUCUGAUGAUCGUCGUUGUCAAUCUUCAUUCCUUUCCGUCACUGAAUGAAGAUCACCACUUCACCAUCAGCUCUUUUAAAACACUUCUCUUCCACAACAUAAACGAGGAAAAAAACAAAAUAUUUAUACAUAUACAUACACUGAUACAUAUAUAUAUAUAUAUAUAUAUAUAUAAUAUACACACACAUUUAUAUAUAUCAUAACUGAACAACACAUUGUCCGACUUUAAAGGUAUUUUAUCCCGGCUGAAGGAGAAUCGAUGGUGAAAUAGCAAUAGAGAGAAACGUGAAUUAUUCAGCUAAAAUAUAUAUAUAUAUACACAAACCAGAAAUAUAUGUAAUACAAUAUAAUAUAUCUGUGUAAAUGUAUAUGUACCAGUAUAAAUUUGUACACCCUCUCAAAGACAUCUUUAAAAAGGAUUAAACAAAAGAAAUGUCGGCGGCGACCAGGAGAAAAAUCUUUGAAAACAUAUCAUAAAAAGGAUUUAUUCGAUUACAGAUUUGUUUCUCUCUGUGAGUACCUGUGUGUAUAUAUGUAAAAUAUAUAUACAUAGUAUUGUAUAUAUAUAUAUAUAUAUAUAUACUUACAUAUGUGGAAGUUUUUGGAGUAUUAUUUGAGAUUUUUCUCAUGAUGUUCUGUCAAGAAAGAAAAAUUUUGCCACCACAGAUCCUUGUAUCCCAGAUUUGAGAUAUUAUUUAUAUUAAUUAAUUAAUAAUAAUAAUUAAUAAUUGUUGUGGUGAAAGUAAAAUUAUUGAAGGAAAAAAAAAAUAUAUAUAUUAGAUAUUUUCAGUGUUGAAAAUUGUGAAAGAAAAGAUUAAAAUACUAAGUCUAUAUAUUAUACAGUUGUGAAAUAAUUCUGUCUAUAAAUUAUAUAUUUGAUUUAUUUCCAUGUGUAUAUAAUAAUUUAUAAAUAUAUAUACAUAAAUAUAUAUAUAUAUCUCUGUAUGUACCGGGACAAACGGUUCAAUGUGAUGAUGAUGAAGAAGAGGAAUAUUAAGCAACGAAACAGCAACGGAGCAAUAUUUAUUGUCAUCAAAAAGGAACAACAGUCAAUAUAUAUUUGAAAAAUCCAAGAGAAAAAAACCAAGAAUUACCCAUGUAAUUAUUUCUUUCACGGGAAAUUAGCCUGGAUUUUACCUCUCAUAUAUAUAUAUAAAACAAUCCAUUAUAUAUUUCAAUAUAUAUAUAUAUAUGUCUGAUAUAUAUAUAUAUAUAUAUGCCAUAUGAACCUAUAAAUAUAGCUAUAUAUAUUUGAAUAUAAUAUUUCGACACAAUUUCUUUUAUCAGUGUCGUCAUCCAUUUAUGUAAAAAAAAAAAGAAUUCUCAUACCCCUCUCUCUCUCUCUUUAAUUGUAUAUAAAUUUAUAUAUACAUAUAUAUUUAUUUAUAUAUAUAUAUUACAUAGUUUAUAUCUGCUUCAGGCGAUUCAUUGUGUAUUUUAUUUUUUAAAUAGGAUCUUUUAUUAUUUGGAAAUUUCUCUCAGAGGUCGGAAAGAAAGAAAGAACUCAAUUCCUAAACACCAAACCUUUUUGGAAUUUAAAAAAACCCCAACAAAUUAAGAAAAAAAAAAGUGGUGGCUUCAAUUGUUGUUACUUUUGGAAACAGUGAUGCCUACUCCCAGACACCACGAUUAUUAUUAUUAUUAUUAUUCUUACCAUUAUUGUUCUUCUCCUUACUAUUCUUGCUACGACAACCUUCGACGAUCUUGUGUGAUGUUACUAGCAUCACCAUUGCUACUAGAUCAACAAGAACAGAUUUAAAGAACCAUCAAGGAGAAAGAAACACCUCCCCCCCUUCAUCCUUUUAAAAACAUCCCCAUCCAGGAGCCCACUAAUAUAUAUAUAUAUUUAUUUGUAUAUAUAUAUACACCAGAACACAUCACACUUUAGACUUUUGUGUGUGUGUAAGUAACUAAGUCAAUCUAUGAAAUCCUUUCUUCAAUUUGUGUAUAUAGAUAGAUGUGUAUAUAUAAUUACAUAGAUUUAUUUAUAUAUAUAUAUAUAUAUGUGUAUGUAUGUAUAACUAUAUAGGCACACAUAGACACGUGUGAGUGAAUAUGUGUGUGUAUAAUAAUAUAGUGUAUGAUAAGCUGUACUGAAAGUGUCUGGUCGACAUCAUUUUCAUAACUCCCCCAUCCCCCUCUUCCAUUCUACAAUAGGUCAAAGAAACAAUUGUUACAACAAUUACAGAGCGAACUAAUUGUCACCAAACGAUCAACAUGUAAAAAAUAACAGUAAUAUAUAUAUACAUACAUGGAUAUAUGUUAUAGAAUAUAGUAUAUGUAUAUAUAUUUGUAAAAUAUCUAUUUAUUGUGACUCUAAAUUACAUAAAGAUCGUUUGUCAUUGAAAACCCCCCAUAUAUAAAGCUAACAUUUUAUAUGCCUAGAUCUACAAGUGUGUGUAAUAUGUAUAGAUUAUAUAUUACAUGUGUGUAUAUAUAGAUGUCUAAAUGUACAUACAUGCAUAUCUACACACCGGUGUAAGACGUACAGUAGUCUGCUGUUGAUAUUUCACCCGUUUCCUCUCUCUCUCUCAUUCUUCCCCCUUUCUUUCUUCCUUCCUUCCAUUUUCUGCCACCCUACUACACCAAUACCCGACAGUUUUUGUCAAUUUUCACGUGGAAAGUUUAAAUUUCACUCCAAAUCAAGGAGCUCUGCCCUGGCCCUUCUCGCCAGAAAGAAAGCCAACCAGGAGUUGUGAGAUGGAGUGACAAUGAGUCACCCUAGUCCUGCGGGAAACGGCUGUUCUCUUGAAGAUUGCUACACCAACCUUUUUGCUCUGACUGAUCUCUGCGGCAUAAAAUGGCGUAAGUUGAAUGCAGAUAACGUGAGUGUGGACCCACUGGAUGAUCCAGUGUUGGAUUCCUACACGAGGUGUAUCCAGUCAGAUAUCUUGUGUGUCUGGAGACGGGUACUACGCAAUUCAGAGCAAAGGUUACCUGACCAGUUAGCAUACGGCAAGGAAUUAUGGAUAUUUUGGUACGGGGACAAGCCCCUUAGUUUGGACACAUUGCUAUCCCCCAGUUUGAAAGAAAUUGACAAAGGCUGUUGGGAUAAAGAUAAAGACAAAGACAAGGACAAUGGCUUAUCCUAUGAAUGUCGGACACUUCUCUUCAAAGCCCUUCAUAAUCUUAUUGAAAGAUGUCUACUCACAAAAAACUUCAUACGGCUUGGAAAGUGGUUUGUGCAGCCAUAUGACCAAAAUUCUCCUUCAGACAGGAGUUCCCAUUUAUCAUUCUGCUUCCAUUUUUUCCUUCAUGGAGAAAGUAGUGUGUGUGCCAGUAUAGAGAUUAAACAACACCCUCCAGUAUGGAGGCUAACUCCCCAACAUCUUACCCUGGUGCAAGAAAGCACUUCUCCUCUACAAGUAAUCCUUGCUCCAUACGGUCUGUGUGGUACUCUGACUGGCAAUACCUACCGGGAUACAGACCAGGCUUCUCGAUCCGUCUUGGAUGAAUGGAGUCGAUACUACCCUGGGGAAGUGCUAGAUGCCAAAGAUGCAUAUAACGAGAAUGCAAACAAAUUACCCAGUGUGGUUGAAGUGAUAAUAGCUGGAGUACACAUGCGUUACCCCUCGGCUUUUAUAUUUACUUGUGAGGAAGAACCGACUUUAACAGUUCCAGCAUCAACUUUAGCUGCCGCACCAGUUCCACCCAUCCAGCGCCCAUCAUGUCCACAUCCUGUCAUUCCAAAUGGUCCCCUGACUCCACCAACGUCCCCUGGGGAGCCUCAACUGCCUCCAGGUGGGGGUCUCAAGCUGUGUCCAUCAUUACCAUAUGCCACGGGACCUGUAGAACCCAGCUUAGGACCCUUGGACCAAACUGCUGACUCUGUAGCUUUCAGAAUACUGGAGAAAGUUGCUCAAGACAGUGUAACAAUGGCAGGAAUAAGCAAAAGGAAUCCUGAUUUGACUUCUGAGGAUAUGUUGCUUAUCUGGGAUUUUGGUGAUCCAACCUCUAAAGCUUCCUGUAACUGUAUCAGGCAUAGAAAUUCCAAGUCGAAAUCUUUGGCUCAGAACGCAACUAAAAGCUUGUUACCGUGUGGCAGCAACAAACAUGUGAAGGGGGAGAAACCUGAAAAAUUUGAUAGGCAGCAAUCUCGGCAUGGAAGGAACGUUAUUCCAUUUCAUAGACGCUCUCUACAGCAUGAUGAUCUCUUUCACUUUGAAUUGGAUAUGAUACCACCGAUGCCCCCAAACCCUGCAUUUAGGCCUCCUCCAAACUCUUCUUCCUCUAACACAGCUGGUGGGCCUGGUGGGGUCACACCAGGUUUACCCCAGCUUCACAACACAGUAGAACCUUGUGGGAGUGCUGGGGUGGAUUCUCCAUCCACGCCGGCUCCCUCUCCAUUAGACUCUGAAACCCGCAACCAGCCUUUAGGCAAUCAAAAUAUGGACCCUGCAAUGCCUACAUUAAGCCCACACCCUCCUCCACAGAAAUCUGGUUCGGACAAAGAUAUUGGAGUUAGUGGUAGUGUUGGUUCUAGUAGUGGAAGUGGCAUGAGCACAAGCGGGGGAGGUGGUAAUGGGGGUAACAAUAACAGCGGGGUGGGUAAUAGUACUGUGAGCAGUGGUGGGGGCAGUGGUGGAAGUGGUGGCAGCAAGCCAGCAUCGAUUGGUGAUUCUCAGAGUGUUAUGUUAUAUAAUGGCAAUGACUUGUAUUUGAAGUCUGAGGAACCAAGCCCCAAAAUGGAAGCCACACCUUCUCCUGCCAAUUUACAGCUGCAGCAUCACCAGCAGCAGCAGCAACAGCAACAACAGCUGCAGCAACAGCAACAGCAGCAGCAACAGCAACAACAACAGCAGCAACAGCAGCAGCAGCAACAACAGCAGCAACAGUUGCAGCAAACACAGCAGACACAUCCACAACAACUUCAACAACAGCAACAACAACAGCAGCAGCAGCAGCAGCAGCAGCAAGAUUUCAAAAUAGACUCUGACAAUAACAGUUGGCUAAGAUCACAGCAUCGGCAUAUGGAAUCAAAACUUCUUAAGCGUCCUCAUCUUCCAACAAAUGAAAUCGAAGAUGAGCAAAUACUAGUCACAGACUCUUUAUAUGAUUUUCAAAGUUUAAAUUCUUGGUUCGACAGCCAAUUAAAGCGAACAAAGUUUGAUUGUCGACAGGAUAGCCAAUAUUUUCAACAACAACAGCCACAGCAUAACUCUCAUUUUUCACAACAUUCUCAAAACUCAUCCUCCAGUAAGCAACCCUUGAAGCCUCCCACCCCACAACCGCCAGCUCAUGACCCUUAUGAGUUCACUGACGAAUCAUCUUCACUUUUUGGAACACUGCCUGCAAGGAAUUUUAGAACAAGUCGAGAUGAUCUGUUUCGCUCUUCCCCUUUAAAGGAAGAAGAAAAGGAUUCAUCACGGCACAAUGGCAACAGUAUAACAGCCGUUGGUUCUCCGCCUACAUCUUCUUGUUCCUUGCCAGUUUCCAAUAGCCUCACCACAGAGAAGGAUCUCUUUCCGACCCCCAUGGACCUGGACCAUAUUUUUGAAAGUGAAGAAAGUGGAGAUGAAGUAUUUCAGGAUCCUUCAGCCAGCAACCUAAAAUCUACUGAUGACAGCCUUAAAGGCAGUAAGGGGUCAAAUAUAAUUCCCAACGGUACCAUAGCCCCAUCAGAGUUAUCAAGAAUGUACCCCACUCCUCCAUCCCUGGAGAACCCUGUAUCUUCUCCUGGCACCAUUACAGACAUAGCACCUGAGACAACGAUUCCUGACAGUUGUGUCAUAGCUGAAGUGGACAACAGUAUAGCAGUCACUGAUUCUAGUAAGGACUGGUCCUGUGUGUUCAAACCGCCCAAGUUGGCUCGUUUUGUUGGUUCUACCAAAUAUGCUCCUGUUGAGCUGCCCAGUGCUACCGAGGCUGUAUUAACGUGUCAUAUUCCUGAGUAUAAACCUUCUUGGCAGUACCAGCCACAUGCACCAAGUCAUUACCUCAACCUCCCGUCCAUUGAAAACCUUCCCAGCUUAUCAAAAAUGCAUGCAGGCGUUGAGUCUUCGCCAGCUACAUUUACAGUCGGCAGUGUAUCUCAGCGGACACCCAUGAGUUAUGAACAGUCUCCCAUGUCUAAUGCAUCCUCUUCAUAUGUGAACAAGACUUUGAGUUCAGUUGACAAUCAAGUUACAAACCACCAGUUCACUGAAGUUCACAGCUUGCUGGUGAACGUCAUCCUUGCCGACAGCUCUCUUAACAUUUUCAAGGACCACAAUUUUGAUAGCUGCAAUAUUUGUGUUUGUACAAUGCGUGUAAAAGACGAUGAAGAUAAUUUAGACAUGAACCGUUGCACUUGCGGCUUUAGUGCAAUUAUGAACCGCAUGUAUGGCCAUAACUCAGGACUCUUCUAUGAAGAUGAAGUUGAUAUUACCGGUAUCAGAGAUGACCGCUAUGACCAAAAUACUAAUAAGCGCCUAGCAGUGAUUGAUUAUCAAAAGGCUGGACUUAACAAGGACAGUACUUCAACAGCAACAGUGACAGCUCCUGAGGAUGUACCACAAGUUAUAUUGGAGUGGUUGCUGACACAGUUCUGUGCUCCAUUUCCUUCGUCUAUAGCACAGAGAAUGUUUAAUAAGUUAAUCAUGAAUGCUGCUACGUCGCUGGUCGACAAUGUUGUCAAUGUCAUAUCAAUGCAAGAUAGCAAUGAAGCUGCUUUCACAGCUCUCCAGCAGGGCUGUCUAGCUGCUGAUAAUUGUUCACCUUCAAAACUAGACGAUCCACAGAUAAAAUCCUCCUGUUUACAUAGAUGGCCUUACUUGCAAGGUGCCAACAGAAUACCUCUGAACUCGCAGGAUGUCCUACGCCUGCUGAAAUCCUUACAGCCUUUAUUGUCAGAUGCCAUACAGAAGAAACGCACCAUGCGGUUAUGGGAGCACACUUAUAAGUUGUCUGGUCCUCUUAGUUGGAAAGAUUUCCAUCAGCUGGCAGGCAGAGGAACAGAAGAGAAUUCUGAGCCCCAACCAAUUCCUUCAUUUCUUGUUGGCUAUGAUAAAGACUGGUUGUCUGUAUCACCAUAUGCUCUCCCUUAUUGGGACAAGCUUCUUCUUGAACCAUAUGGGAAGCCUCGUGAUAUCGCUUAUGUAGUGGUUUGUCCAGAUAAUGAAUACAUUGUGAAGAAUGCAAGGUUUUUUUUCAAAGAAUUAAGUACAAUAUACGAGCUGUGUCGGCUGGGCCGACAUAGUCCUAUAACCAAAGUACUUCGGGAUGGCAUUCUGAAGGUAGGCCAUUCUGCUGCCCAAAAAUAUGCUGAUGAACCUAUAGAAGACUGGUUUAAUUAUAUUGGUGAAUCUCCAGUUGCUGCUAAAUUAAGACUGUAUGCUAGGGUGUGUAAACACCAGUUGGGCCCUCAUCUUGCCCAACAAACGCUAGACAAGUCAUUAUUUGAGGUGAGUUGCAGCAAAAGCAACCACAGCACUCCACGAUCAUCCGACAUGUCUCAAGCUCCAGCCACUCCGGAACAUCAAACGUCUGGUAGUUCGACGAGCAACGUAACGUCGUCUACAGCACCGAACCAACCACUGUCCAGUCAGUCCCAGCAACAGCAACAGCAACAACAACAACAACAGCAACAGCAACAACAACAACAACAAUCAACAACAACAUCAGCAACGACUAACAGUUGUAACACUAACAGUAGUAGUAGUAGUAAUAACAACACUACUACUACUACUGUUACAGGCCACAUUGGAAGUAGUAAUCCUGAUGAUAUGAACAAAGAUGGUGGUGCUGACAGCAACAGUUCCCAGCAGCAACGGGACGGCGGCAUCCAUGAACAGCAACAAGAAUCUGAGGAUAGUUCCACAGAGUGCCCGGCUCUAGUUAUUUAUAUUGUGGACCCUUUCACCUAUUGUCAGGAGUGGGACCACCUUAAUAGGCUUGGAACGAUUGGGUUACUGCACUGCUACCAAGAAAUUGUGAGAAACUUGCCAGAACAUAUGCAAAGCCAUGUUAGUCUACAAAUUAUUCCCUCUGAGGCUGUGAUAGAUCAAAAAGAAUGUGGCUCACAAUAUCAGAUGCUCAAAUCUUUGGCAUUCUCAGUUUUUACUACUUGCCGCUGGAAUUUGGCCCAUAAUGUCUUAGGACGAUCGUUAACUGGCUUUGGGCCUGCUGCUGAUGCCGAACUUUUCCUUAAACAGAAAGAGGUGGAAAAAGCUGGACAGAUGAGACUCUAUUGCCCACCUUUCAUUCUGGCACCGGUGAAGGACAAGCAAUCAACACUUGCUGAAUCUUGUGGCGAAAAACUUGAAAAAAGUACGAUUGUGUUUUGUGGCUACUGCUUGAGUGAAGAUCAACGUUGGCUACUGGCCGCUUGCACUGACGAACGAGGAGAAAUGCAAGAGACUUGUAUAAUAAAUAUCGAAAUACCCAACCGUAAUCGACGGAAAAAGGCUUCAGCAAGGAAGGCCGGUUUACAAAAAUUAUGGACUUUCAUUGUUGGAAUUGUGUCUAUGACAACUCUACCAUGUCGUCUUGUUAUUGGACGAUUUGGUCGACUUGGCCAUGGGGAAUUGAAAGGCUGGGCUGAAUUAUUGGGUAAGAAAAACUUGAUGAAAGCCAGCCAGCAAAUGAGAGAUAUGUGCACCCAGUGUUCCAUAAUGUCUAGCAGUGAGACACCUUGCAUCCUCAGUGCGUGUCUCGUUUCCAUGGAGCCCCAGUCUUCCUUUAGAAUUAUUUUUGAUUCAGUAAAAGUUGAAGAAAAGAUGAGUAGCAAUUGUCCCUUACAAACUCCACGUGAUGCAUCUUGUACACAUAUCCUGGUAUUUCCUACCUCAGCCACAGCACAGGCCAGUAACCACUCACUCCAUCGUGGAGAGCAUUCGAUGGAUCCUACCUACCACCUAGGGGACCUUAAUACAGAUGCCCUCUUCCCCUCAGCUAUAGAAGAUGGCAUUGGAGAUGAUAUUGGAUGUGAAAUGGACGAUCUUCUCUCCAUCUUCAUCAACCCCAUGAACGAUGAUAAAAACUCUGCUUCUGGUUCUCUUAUUCAUGGAGAUGAGGGCUGUCAGUCACCUUCAAAGAUGGGAGUCCCAUCAGCAUUUCAGGGAGCUGUUAACACAUCUAAUGAUCUUCAAGAGGAAGGUGGUACAUUGCUGCAACAACCUCUGGCAAUGGGCUAUUAUGUGUCCACAGCUAGCACAGGACCACUACCAAAGUGGUUCUGGUCAGCAUGUCCUGAGGCUGAAAACAUGUGUCCAAAUAUACUCAAGGCUGCACUUCACACACACUGUUCAUCAAAACAAGAUGAUCCUCUUCCCCUUCAGUCAACACAUAGUAGAAACAUUCACCCCCUUGAUUCGAAUCUAACCUGUGAUGUUUUGAGAUUUGUUUUGGAAAACUACAAUGCCUUGUCCUGGUUGACCAUGGACCCAGUAAAAAAUGACCGCCAGUCAUGUUUGCCUGUGCACUUUGUUAUGUUGAUGCAGAUGUACCAUGCAGUUAAUGCAUUUGUAUGACAUAGUAUCGGCAGGAGGAGGAAGAAGCGGCGUAAGAAGAAGAUGAAGAAACUCUGAAGACAAGCUACUUUGAGCAGAAUCCAAGACGGCUAAGAAUAAAUACUCAAACGAGCAGCAGUUUUACACUGAAAUUUCCCGAUCCCUCGAAAACAUUAUUGUUAUUAUUAUUAAUAUUAUUAUUAUUAUAUAAUAGACAGAGCCGCUAGAAAGGGAAAGCAACAGUACCUUACCAACACAACGAUUCCAGUUGUUGGUAUGUUUUUAAGUGGGUAUCUGUUGCUAGUGAAUUCUUAAGUUUGUCUUGUUCUCUCCUCCCCCUGCCAAUUGUGCAAUGUGGUAACUUAGUGACAGCACCUGCAACAGUUGAUCUGUAAAUGUGUACAAAUAUUUCUUUCAUAUUACAAUCUUUCAUUUUUUAAAAGGAAAAAAAAUAUAUAUAUAUUGUUUCUGCCCCUCCCCUCAAUUCCAACAUCUCAUCUCCUCUUUUUAAAAAGAAAACAAUUACUAACAAUUUUUUUCCUCCUACUUUCCAUUUUGCUUCAUGCCCGGUUGUGUCUGAAGUUUUAGCAGGAAUACACAAGCCACCUGUAUGUAUGUGUGUGUCUGUGCACGCACGUGUGUAUGUAUGUGUGUGUGUGUGUGUGUCUUAUAUAUAUCUAUAUAUAUAUAUAUAUAUAUAUAUAUAU